GUCAGGCGCGCACUCCGUGUGCCCCCAAAAAGUCCGGACCGAACCGAAACCGAAACGUAGCGAAACGAACCGAACCGAAACGGAUACACAGGAUACACAAAAUGUGCGUAGACGCAAUAAAGUGAAAAGCGCUCAACUGCAGAAACAAUAACAAAAGACAACAAAAUAAAUCAAAAAUAAAUAAAAACAGCAAUUCGAGUAAAGGAAUUUUAGUCAAUCCAGAAAGGAAGACACAGAUACCGAGAGAGACAGAGAGCGAGAGAGAGAGAGAGAAAGAGAGCGAGUGAGAGUGAGAGAAACCGAGACGUAGUAAAAGGGAUAGAGGACAGAGCACAGCAUGGAUAGUUCACCGGAUCUAUCGCUGUCGCUGAAACUGCGACGCGGCUCCAGCGAUUCGCGCGACAAUUUCUACAUGGACUUUGCCCAGGGCAUCGAUUCGGACAUCGAGGAUGUGGACAAUAGCAAUACAAAUCUGGAUGCUGCACUCGCAUCGGGAUCGGGCGUUCAAGUGCUGCCACCACCGUUGCCACUGCCGCCGCCGCUGCCUACAGUAUCGCUGAGCGAGGAGAUGCUGCUGCUGGUGGCACCACCACCGCCACCACCCGGUCUGCUUGGCCAGCCGCUGCCGACGCUGACAGAGACGGAGGAUAUGCCACCAACACCAACGCCACCGCCGCAGCAGCAACUCAGCAUGGAGGGCAGCUCGCCACCCGGUUCGCCCAGUUCCAGUUCGGUGCUCGAGUUGGAGCUGAUACCACCUCCACCAUUGUCGCCCCGCGAUGAUGCUGGACUACGCACCGACGACGACGAUGGUGAGGAAACAGACGAUGCCGAGGAGGCGGUCGUUCAACCACCGCCGCUACCUGUGCACCAGGAGGAGGAUGGCGCUGAAGCCGAUGUUGAUAAUGAUGAUGACGAUGAUGAGGACGAGGAUGAGGAUAAGUCAUCACCACCACCACCGCUGCCUCCAUUGCCCUCGAAUCUGUCAUAUGUGCAGGGAACUGUAACGCCUCCGCUGACCAAAUCGCCAUCGACAUCGCCAUCGCCUCCGCCGUCGCCGCCGCCAAAGCCUGUAAUGAAAAUCAGCCACAUGAUGUCACCGCCGGCGCAGCAUGCUAGCAAGGCACCACCCAAGACUCCUUCAUCUGAAAGCGAAGAUGAGUCACAGCCAAUUUCAGCGCAAGCCAUUCCCAAGCAGCAACCGGAAUCAGAACUAGAGCCUGAGCAGAAAGAGCCCGAGCUAGAGCCAGAGCCAGAGCCAGAGCUAGAGUUGGAUCCGCUGCCCAUGAGUGGUGGUCAGCAGAUGGCCGCAGAGGAGUACAGCAGAUCACUGGACAAUGAGGAUGAGUCGACUACGAUUACCACACCGCCUAGUAAUGGUUACUCGGCAUCCUCAAUUAUUGCACCACCGCCGGAGCACUUUGCAGAGCUAGAUGAUGACAGUCUGGGACGCGGCUUCAUACCACCGCCACCGGCCGGACUUGAGGAUGAACCGGCAGAUGUCGAGUAUCCCGAGCAAUCGCGUUCCUUGGACGUUGAUGAGGAGGAGCUAACCAAGGUGGAAACCGAUGAGCUGUCUUUGAAUGUGGCUGACGACGAAGCCGACGACGAUGAACCAGCCGAUAGCAUCAGCUCGCCGAGAGCAGCCAGCAUUGCCAGCGGUGGCAUCAUCUCCACCAGCGGCGCCAUUGCAGCCAUGGCAUCUGGCAACGUGGUGGCCUCCGACGCCGCCUCACCCAAGACGGAUAGCCGCAGUCGCAGCGGUAGUCAGCGAUCCCGCACUAGCUCCCAACACGCCCCACUCACCGGCUCCCAUGCAGGAUCACGGACCGGUUCCCAGGCAGGAUCAAGGGCCGGCUCCCGGGCCGGUUCACGCACAGGCUCGAUUGUCUCUGCCACCGCUGCCGCUGGUGCUGGUGCAGCCGUUCUAUCGCCUCAAUCUUCGCUCAAGUCACAGACAUCUCUCAAAUCACAAGUCUCCAUCUCGAUGAGGAGCCCGGCGCCAUCAUUGAAGUCAUCAUCCCAACGCAGUGCCGAGCGCGUGCAGAGUCCGCCCGUUGGCGAGGGUGCUCCGGCGAUGCCAUCGCCUCCAAUGAUGCGCAGCUCACCGCCCGAGCUUGCCAAGAGCCCACCGCGGCAUAUGCACAGUCCGCCGAGGGUAACAACACCGCCGCGCGUCUGCAGCCCCCCACUGGUGAGCAGUCCGCCCAAGCUAGCGGAGGCAGCAGCAGCGGCCAUUGCCUCAGUCCCAGUUGCGAUCAAGAAACCAGUCAGCAGCAGCAGCAGCAUUGUCGCCCCGGAGCCACAGCUGGCCACGCUCAGCUACCAGGAUGAGCAGAAGUCACCACAGUUGUCUGGCGCCGAGCAAGUUUCCGUUUCUGUUGCCGUUGCCGUUGCCGUUACCACAGCACCACCCAGUGUGGUGACCACUCAGCCGCGUACCCACUUCACGACCAGUCACCAUCACUACCACUUGCCGCAUCAGUUCCAGCAUCCGCAUCAUCAGAAUCACCAUACACACAGUGUGCGCGUGCCGACGCCCACAGUGCCGAGCAGCUAUUCGCCAUCGGCAACGGCUCUGGAUGUAGAUGGACGCUCGCCCGGCUAUGGGCGACGUGCCGUGCCGCUGGCUGCUCCCGUGCUGAGCAGCUCGCUGCUGGCCACGUCCGGCGAGGCUGGACACGUGACGGCCGCCGUUUCGCCGGGUCGCAUGUCGGCACGUUCCGGUUCGCAGCAUCAUGUGACCAUCGAUGAGUCCAGUUUGCCGACAAAGGAUGGCGUCGAGAGCGCUGGACCCAGUGGUCUAAUACUAGGCGGCGGUGACGGCGAUGGCGAUGACGAUAAUGGUCGCCAUGGCAACGAUAGCUCAGAGACGCCCUCAUCGCCGGGCAGCAGCAGCUCCCAGCACCAGCUUGGACAUGCCGAUGGCCAGAUGGCGCUCAUGUAUCACUCGCAUCAGUUGACCAACUAUCCGGUAAUUCCGGCCAUCAAGCGCACCCAUCGCCCCUCUUUUGUCUAUCCGCCAAUGCCGCGCAUCAAAGCCGGCGAUGCUCUGGCCACUCUCUUUUCGGCCCUAUACGGCAAACUGCUUGUAGUUAUGGGCAUUGCAUUUCCCAUGGCUGAGGUCAUAUCAACCUAUAUACCGCCAUCCUUCUAUGAGGUGUACUAUUUGUACUUGUACAUUGGUAGCAUGAUCUUCCUCCUCUUUAUGUACGCCACACUGCUCUGGGGUCGUCCGAAGCUGCCAGUGCCCAUGGCUACGUCGCCAAAUAAGUCAACGACCAAGGUGAGCGCCACGGAUAGCAUGGAGGAAUCGGAUACUGAUAGCACGUCAACCAAUCGACGCAUUCCGCCGCCCAUCCAGGUGCGUCGUCCGUCGCUGCUGUCGCCACUGGGUAGGCAGCAUCACUACGGCAGCUUCUAUUUGCGCAUGGGAGCUGUAGCAUUUGGCAUUGGCAGCAUGAUCUACUCUGGCUUGGAAUUUGGUCAGUACUUUGAGCUGAAUCCGGACACCAAGUGCCACAAUGUGCUGCUGGCGCUGACGCCAGCGACGCGCAUGGCCUUCAUCUUUAUCCAGAUGUACUUCAUCUUUUUGAACAACGAACAGAUCAAAGUGUAUCGCUACAAGAUCAUCGCUCGCUUUGGCCUGAUGCACAUGAUCGGCACGAACCUGGCUGUCUGGCUGAACGUGUUGAUCCAGGAGACGAAACAUGAGAUUCUAACAUUUUACAAUCCGGAGAAUCGCACACUACGCAUCUCUCAUCGCAUACCAGGACAUUCGCGUGGACACGCUGUCAUUCAGCACGAUCCGACAGCACAUUUGCGUGUGCCACGCGGCUUGAAGGGUCCGUAUCAGAUCUUCGAGUGCCGGCGCACCAAUAUCAUUGGCACUUUGGUGCAGGAUGCCUCGCCCUUUCUGUUCCCGUGCACCAUUGAGUACUCGCUGAUCUGUGCCGCUAUCCUCUAUGUGAUGUGGCGCAGCAUUUCACGUCCACAAAGCACAACGCAACAGCGACCGGACAUGAUUAGCUCCCCAAUGAAACGAUCGCCUCAUCACUACUCCGUGGACUGUGCCCGCGCCCACAAGGGUCUGUUUGUGGGUAUACUGAUCCUGGUGCUGACCAUCAUCUCGCUAAUCAUAUUCUUUGUGCUCAUCUCGCGACCGGAAUUUGUUGCACUGGCCGUAACCGAGGUGACCAUCUGUGAGCUGCUUAUCUAUGGCACAGCGACCAUAGCCACACUGCUGGGCAUGAUACAGAUCCGGCACCUGCAGUACGAUGCGUAUCGCAGCUUCUCCCUGGACGACAUCCUAUUGGUGGGGGCGCAGACCGGUUCAUUUUUGUACAACAUCUUUACGGUUAUUGCCGGACAUUUUACACUGCGCAGCGAUGAUAUGUUGGUGCCGAUAAAUGCACUGGCCUCCAUCGUGCAGACCGCCUGCCAGACCAUGUUCAUACUAGAUGCCAGUCGGCGACAGGCGGUCAGUCCGGAACACUUGCGCAAGAAGCCCGGACGAGAGAUAGUCACGUUCAUGCUGGUGGUAAAUCUGGCCAUGUGGGCAAUAAGUACGCUGGAGAAAUCACGUGCCGAAUCGCAUCCCAUACAGCUCAACUUCUAUGGUCUGUGGGCCUGGACCAUAAUCACCCAUGUAUCGAUGCCGUUGGCCAUAUUCUAUCGAUUCCACUCAACGGUCUGCCUGUGCGAGAUCUGGAAACGCGCCUACAAGCUCAAGCCGACGUAUAUGUGAGAAUUCGCCCGCUCGCGCAUUCAGAGCAUUGCGCAGCAGCAACAAUUCUGUGAGGAUCUCAAGACAAAUCUAUCCUACUGCUACUGUUCCACAACUCUGGCCGGUGGCGAGCUCGAGACGGUUGAUGAGGCAGACAGCGGCGGCAGCGGUGUAAAUGCCACUGACACUGAAGCCGGAGGAGUCACUAACGGAAAUGGCAACGGCAAUGGCAAUGGCAAUGGCAACGGCAACGGAAAUGGAUCGGGCACAGCUGGAGCUGCAUCUGUCCAGCUGGACGAGGACGAACAGGGCGGCGGCAGCGCAGCCAGCCGAUUAGAACGGGCCCCCGGCCGGGCCCUGUCGCCGCAUAGCCUCAACACUGACAAGGCCUUCUGUCCGGUGUACGUCAUAAAUGGUGAAUGAGUUUACGCGCACUUUGAGUUCAUCGAUGCGUUAAGCGGACAUGAGCUCAGCUUGUU